AUGAGUGACGCAGAGACCCGGGGCUGCGGUGCGGCCGGAGCCCUGGGCACGGCAUCAGGAGCUUCCUGGGGUGAUGGUGGUUCCAGCCGCAGCGGGGCAGGCCUGUCCAGUCUGGAGGUCAGGUUCAGCAGUGACCCCAGCCACCCUGUCCAGCAGGGAGAAGCCAGUGCUGCUCCAAGGGCCCAGCUUCAGAGAUUUGUUGUGAGAAUGAAAUGUCAGGACAUGUCAGCUGCUUAG